GUGCGCAUGUCAUAACACACGCUCCGCGUGUAUGUAUGGCCACUAGGGUAUUCAGUUCGAUUCCGAUCGCGAAUGAGCGGGGUUUGGUUUUAUUAAUUUUUUUUUCUUUUUUGUUUUCCUUACUUCUUUUAUUUUGGCUUUGUACGAUAGAAUCACGAUUAGCAACAAUUUCAGUUUAUUAGUUCGUUUUGUGCGCUUUACGUUUUUAAUGUAACUCGAAAAAUUAGAUUGUAGAAUAGGGUAAAAACAACCCUAAUCAAGCAGAAGAAGCCAAAGAUAUAAUUUUAACAAAAAAUAACGUAUACUUACGUUAACCUAACGUACGAUAUUUUAUUAAUUUGAGUGACUUGAAAUAAAAACAACAUGAUGUCCAACGGAUUAGAUUCAGGUGUUGUGGGGCAACAGAAUGGCGGCAGCGGCGGGCAGGUGGGAGGCGGUCAAGAAGAAUCGAAAACGAAUCUGAUCGUCAACUACUUACCCCAAACUAUGACCCAGGAGGAGAUACGCUCCCUAUUCUCCAGCAUCGGGGAAGUGGAGUCCUGCAAGUUGAUCAGAGACAAAGUUACAGAAAAUUCAAAUUCACCUAUAAUAUCUAAGUUGGCGAAGGGCAAUGAAGUUCCUGGCGUUAUCACUAGUCCAUUGCUUACAGGGCAAUCAUUGGGCUAUGGAUUUGUUAACUAUCACAGACCGGAAGACGCUGAAAAAGCGAUCAACACACUAAACGGACUUAGGCUGCAAAACAAAACCAUUAAGGUAUCUUACGCCAGACCGAGCUCCGAAGCCAUCAAGGGGGCGAAUCUCUACGUAUCGGGGCUGCCGAAAAACAUGACGCAACAGGACUUGGAGGCCCUCUUCAACCCAUACGGCAGGAUCAUCACAUCUCGCAUCCUCUGCGACAACAUAACCGUACGUCAAUUUGUCACGGGGGCCGGAGAAAAUUUGCCUGGCCUGUCGAAAGGCGUAGGGUUUAUUAGAUUUGACCAACGCUUGGAGGCGGAACGGGCCAUCCAAGAACUCAACGGCACCAUCCCCAAAGGCUCCACCGAACCCAUCACCGUCAAAUUCGCCAACAACCCCAGCAACAACAACAAGGCCAUCCCUCCAUUGGCAGCUUAUCUCACCCCGCAAGCCACACGAAGGUUCGCCGGACCCAUCCAUCAUCCCACAGGAAGGUUCAGGUAUUCUCCGCUGGCCGGAGACCUGUUAGCUAACUCGAUGUUGCCCGGCAACGCGAUGAACGGUUCGGGCUGGUGCAUCUUCGUUUACAACCUCGCGCCCGAGACUGAAGAAAACGUUCUAUGGCAGUUGUUCGGUCCGUUCGGGGCCGUCCAAAGCGUGAAAGUGAUACGCGACCUGCAAACCAACAAAUGCAAAGGUUUCGGUUUCGUAACGAUGACGAACUACGACGAGGCCGUUGUCGCCAUCCAGUCGCUGAACGGUUACACGCUGGGUAACCGCGUGUUGCAGGUCAGCUUCAAAACGAACAAAAGCAAAGCGACAUAGAGCGACGACUGUUAGCGUCUGUCGACGCCGGAUCGCUCGCUGCACGUUGUUGAGUAACUUUUGCAAUUUUCACUCGUCCAAUCGACUUCCCGCCCUUUUGCUCGGCGCUUAUGCUUGGUGUUUUUGGGCCGGCGCACGCGCAGCCGCGACCGAUGAUUAUUUAAUUUAUUGUUUUAGUUUUUUUUUUCAAGCAUUCGACUAGGUGAUUGUGUGCGCGUGCGCGGGCAUAUUUUAUUUAUACAAAUAAAUAAAUGAAUAAGACGGUGCGAGCGGGCGGGUGGUUUAUUGUAUUUCAUUGUUUAUUGUAUGGAUGCAACAUGGAGCGAGUUGUGCCGGACAGAAGCGCACCUCCUAUUUCAUAAAUUAGUACUUAUAAAAGAUACGAAGCUAGUCAGAAGUGCAUUCGCGUUUCCUAUAGCAAACAUUUCUACGGUCUGAUGAUUUGUAUGUAUUAUUUCGUGCCAUCACCGUUUAUAUGUUGGGAAAUGACCCAAAGAAAUAGCUAACUAUAUAUUUACAAAUAGUAUUUAUUAUUAUACAUUUCGUAAUUAAUUAUUUUCAUGUAAUAAGUAGUUUAUUAUUUAUGUAUUUAUAUGUAGUUGUAACGUGUAUCCUUAAAUUCAGACUAGUCGCUACGCAACAUCCGGCCAGGCAACUUGACUACUACUAUUAACUAUUAAUAAUUGACUGCUUCGUUCGGUGUUUAGCUGCGUGUGCGCAGCGGCCAAGCGACGGCUGCGCAGAUGCGGCUAAAAACGAUACCAGAGCUAAACAA